AUUCUGAUAUUUGAGGCUUGCACUUUCCUAAAUCCCUUCAAGUUGUUCCUCAACCCUGGUUAAAACAAUGGUCCGAGAACCAGUUCCACUCUGCUCGUGUGUGUGACCGAAAUGCAAAUGUUACGGUGAGCAAGAGGAGGAGGAGACAAGAGGUGCCAGGGCUGUGCUGACGCACCAAAAAGCUGCUGAUCAUAAGAAGAACUUCAUCUCACUGGCCAGGAGCUUUCUUCGCGCAGGGACAGUUUGGAGAUAUGAAUUUGAAAAUGAACUUUAGGGGGAUUUUUCUAGCCAAGUGCCUGGUGGUUUUAUUCUCCUGUGUAAAAGGGUCUGCAAACGAACCCUGUAAUGAGUAUGGCAUGCAGAAUGGUUCUGUUUUCCUGAACAUUCAUGACUUCAAAGUGGAUCAGCAACAGGAAGUAACAUGGCUCAAAGAUUCAUUACGCCUCACGAAAGGCAAAGGUUCUGAUGUGAAAUAUAACAAGGAUAAGAAAAAAUAUGAGAUGUUCCCCAGUGGAACCCUGAAAAUAAACCACCUGAUGGAAGAGGACAGUGGAAAUUACAAAGUGACUGUGUACAAUGUCAUGGGAAGUCUGCAAGUGGAGAAGAACUUAAAUCUGUGCGUUCAGGAAAUGGUCUCUAAACCAGAAAUCAAAUGGACAUGUACACAAAAACUCAUAAAUGUGACAUGUGAGGUGAAACAGAAGAACAAAUAUACUUUUAAUUUGCUUCAAAAUAACGCUACGCUCCAUGUCAGGACAACAGCUGCAAAUGGCAUAUGGAAGAUUGAAUAUCGACCCAACACCAAAAUCCUUACCGGAAAGUUCCAAUGCAAAGUUGAAAAUGACAUUAGCCAAAACACUACUGAUCAGGAAAUCAAAUGUUCAGGGCCGCUGGACAUUGUUCUCAUCGGGAGCAUUGCAGGAGGUGCAAUUGUCUUUGUCAUCUUUUUGGCACUGCUGAUUUACUGUAUCAGGAAGAAGAGAGCAGAAAGAUAUGAAGAAGAACAGGAUGAAGAGACACCAAUGAAAAUUCGACAAUCGAGCGAUGAAUCAAAAUAUCGGGAGCUUCCUAAACCUCCAGUUCACGGUCCCCCGAAGCAGCCACGCCAGCAGCAGAGACCCCCUCCACCGUCUCAAACUCAAUACCAGGCAGGGCCUCCCCGGCCCAGGCCACGCACUCAGCAGAAGUCUCCAAGCCACAUGAAAGAGAGACCGUAAGCAUUUGUCCUGGAGGAACAGAACCUGUCCCAUUACUUGCUCUGGUGGGACUCGCUACAAAAAUAACCUUGCAAAUAGCCAGCAAUCCCCCAGAUUGGCCGCUUUUGUUGUGGAAGAUCACUGUCUAUACUGAAUGGCUGAUGAAAAGGCUCAACAAUGGAGACUUGAGGUCUUAGCCAUUUUCUUCAAGUGACUCCAUGCUAAUGUGGGACAUUUAGGCCUGAAAUCUGCUUCCUUUUUGUUUCAUUUGGUUGUACCUCUCCUUGCCAACUUCUGGUCUAAUUUAUUUUAUUUUUAUUUUUGGGGGGAAGGCUCUAAGACUCUAUUGAGAUGACUUUCAUCACGUCUAUCUCUUUCUCCCUUUACCUGCACUCCCACCCAAACACCCCUCUAGUUGCUGCAGCCAGUCAUUUGAUCACAUGGAGAGGAAAAUAGUUGUGUUAAUUGUAAUGAAGGCCUGACAUAGUAGAGUGCUGGCAAGAAACUGCAACUUUAUUUCUUGGCUACAGUGACAUGACCUGGUUCAGGGUUCCCAAGGCAGAUGUACUCAUCACGUGACAGGAGCCAGUAUCCAUUGGUGUGUGAGAUUCCUGUAGCACAGUAAUACAUACUACCAACCAAAACCAAGUAGUCUAAUUAAUAACUAUUUUCUCUGAACCUUGUUGGCUCUCUCAUCGCAUGGCCAUUUUGUGCUCUCAAAAGAGGCCCAGGUGUGGUGGCCAGUGGAGCUACUACGGUUGGUGUGCCACCUAGAGCCCGUCACAUGUACCAGAGAGGAGGAAUUCACCCUCUUGCUUGUUCUACGAUAUUACUUGCUUCCAGGAAUAUCUGGAAAUGCUGCAGUGCUGUCUUCUGCUCCUCUCCCAGAGCUCGUCCACACAGAGGGAUUUAGGAGGCCUCAUUUACUCUAUUUCUGUGAAGGACUUGGUUUAGGGCUGACACCAUAUAAUCCAUCUAACACUUGCGUCAGCAUUCUGAAAGCAAAUUGCCUUGUAUUGACGCAGGUCGGGGACCCAGCGGUUCCAGUAACUCUUGCUUUGACAAAGGAGGACAUGCUCAGCUGGUCUGCAGGCAGCACCACAUGUCUCUGGAACACUGGGUGUAGUGCAGGAGGUCUCAAACUGGGGGUCUGGCCCCCUCAGAGGUCAUGAGCUGUCAACCUGCACCCCAAACCCUGCUUUGCCUCCAGCAUUUAUAAGGGUGUUACAUUAAAAACAUACGUUUAUAUAUUUAUAAGGAGGGGUCGUGCUCAGAGGCUUGCUGUGUGAAAGGGGUCACCAGUACAAAAGUUUGAGAACCCCUGGUGUAGUGGGAAAGACAUUCUUAUUCAUAGGCAACACAUGGGGGGGGCAUGCAGAGGCAAUUGCCCCCCAUCCCCAUAGACUUUUGCUUGGACUGCAGGGAGGAGGGAGAGGGGCUUUGUCCUUCUCCUGAUGGGCCUUCCCCCUGGCUAAUGCUGUGCCUCUGGCAGCCGGGACUGGGUGGGGAGGGAAGGGGAGGACACCAGCCACUUCUCACAUUGACCGCUCCGGGUCGCUGCUCUGUGCAGCACAGCCACUGCCUGAGAGAGAGCCCAGCUGGGGAGGUGGCGGUGGCAGCCUAUUUCCCACCUGGGCCCAGCAGACAGGGACAGGGGCCAAGUGAGACAGAGUCCCCUCUUCCCCCCCCCCUGCACAUUUCCGGCUUGCUCAGCCCCUGUCCAUGGUAGCCAGUCCCAGGCGGGGAGCGAGCUGCUGCCGCUGUCACCUCUCCAGGUGGGCUCUCUCUCUCGCAGCUGCCACGAAGAGCAGCGACCCGCAAAGUGGCUCCGUCCCACUCCCCAGGGAGAGCGGCCAAAAGGGCCAUGGGGGAGGUGCAGCAGGAGAAGAACAGAGCCUCAGGUAACUCUGGUGGGGCAGGGAGAGCACGGUGACUGCAGGCUGGGUGCAAGGCUCGGGGGUUGCUGGGCAGAGGAGACGUGGGGCUGUCAUGUGUCCUCCCCCUUUAGAUUGUGGCCCCCCCAGCAUCAGGAGGCAUGAGUUGUCCAUGCCUCUCACCUUUGGCGAGUCUCAUGACUCCUCUGAUUCUCAGGUAGAUCAGCUGGGUCAGCAGAGGCCCCAUGUUUCUAUUUUAUUCACUCUAUUGUCUGGCUAGUUAAAGCAGCCCCUCUGGUGUUAGUGACAGCACACUGAGCACGGGGCAGGGAUGGAGAAGUGAGAGCCAUUCUCAGUAGCACGUUGGCUGGAGCUUGCUACUCAUGCCACAUACGGUAGAUGAAUGUAUGGUAGUUCUUUCAGGCUCCGAGUCUCCAAUGUAUUUCUGUGGCAUUAAAAGGUGUAUCCUUAUUUCUCGCCACAAAUGUGCCCAUUUAUGACCUGCCAGGUGCAGGGAAGAGACAUGUGGGGAAGGAGGCCCCUGCAUGUCCCUCCAAGGGGCCAGUUGUUGUACUUUGCUUUUUCCUCAGAAGCUGGUCCACCUGGAUGGAAAUGUUACUCAUGCCAGGCCCAGCUUUCUGCAGUAUGUGCUAAUGGUUUGACUAGUUUAAGGUUUAUUUUUUUUUAAAUGGCUUGUACUUCUAUUUUGUGUAUGAGAUAUCAGCCUAGUACUGCAUAAAUAAAGAUUAGAGAGUGGAUGA